AUGGUACUGGACCUGUUCAAAUGGUCGAUAAAAGAGACGCCUGUAAAUACAUUGACAUGUGAUUCUCCCCUCGAUGUGGGUAAAAGCUCUCCAUGCGGUGGUGAUCGAGAAAUCUCCCCAAGCGAUGUGAUCCCGAGUACUGAAGAUAGCAAGGUCGUAUCUACCGCCGUUUUUGAAGAGAGAUCUGCAGAGUCCGAAGCUGGAACUGCCGGAGCCGAUGUGGGCGGCUCCAUGUCAUGUCAGUUCGAACGGCCGGGACUUGAUCAUUGUCCUUAG